AAUGACAGCGAGACGAAGAAGAAAAGGUGGUAUUUUGAUUUGUUAUGAGUUACGUAGUGACUUUAUUCUGUUUAAAUUAUGUUUUAAUAGUAGAAAAUAAGACGUAUACAAAUGUUUUAACGUGUUUAUUCAUAAAUCGUGGUAAGGAAAGUGCCACUAUUUAAAAUGAGCGCUGAAGAAAAUUUACCUAUGUUUGGAGAUGGAGCAUCUUCGUGUAAUUUUGCUGGUGACAAUUUAUCAUCCGAAUCCGAUCCUCCAGUGAUGAGGAUGAGAUUAAGUAAUUUAGUGAAGACGUUGCUCUCGGAUAUCCAGCGAUUAUCUACUGACAUUGACAAUAAUUCGAAAUUACAAUUUUCUUUGCUACUUUGCAUCAGAAACUGCACAGAUUCUAUUCCAACGGCAUUUAUUUCAAUAGAAAGACAAAAUUUUAAUGAAAAAAAUACAGAAUAUUCUGAAGAUUAUUUAUUAAGUAUCAGUUUUACGAAAUGGAUCGUAUCGACGCUUCUUAAAAUAUUGAGUUCUCCGGCCGUUAAAAUCCUUCAUAAUAGUUGUAUCGAAACUCUGUUCAGUAUUUUUCAUUUGGCAAAGAAGAGAGACGUCGUCGUGUUUAAACAGCUAGUCUCGCCACUCGUCAAAAUACUACGACGGUUGGUCGUUUUGGAUGGCGACUUCGAGAAUGGAUAUUGCAUUAACGAAUACGCCGUCUUGUCCGAUAAGUUGCAAAAAUUGCUUGGUUCGAAAUGUGGCGGUAAUUUGGUCGAACGAUCCGUUUGGUGCAUUACGAGUACAGAAGCGAGUAAUGUCUUUCAAGGGAAUAUAUUGAAGUUAUUACUUCAGAUAUUACUGGAUGUAAUUCAGUAUCUUCCAGACAAAAUAAACACACUUUGGAAUAUUUUAUGUCUGCAGUUAGAAUUAGGGAAUUUUGAAAAUAAAAAAUAUGCAUUUGAUAUUAUCAAAGAUUUGAUUGAUUUUUCAGAGUCAUCAAUUUCAAAAGCUUGCCUUACUAAUUUAAUUAACUGUGUGCAAGCUAUAUUUGGUUUAUAUUGUUCUGGUGAAAUGCAUAAACAUAACUGUAAUGGAUUUGAGAAAACUGUUGCAUCGGCUUCGUUAAAAAUUUUCGGAUUAAUAAAAGACGAUAAAAGUUAUAUUUUAAUAGAUAAAUUUGUACUCUAUUAUGCUCUUGAAGAAUUAAUAACUUAUCUGAUCAAGUAUGGAUUUUCUCAAAUAAAAGAAAAGUGCUUAGCAGAUGCAAUUAUUCAAAAUUUAAUAGUAAUGUUGCAAUUAACUGAAUAUAUCAAAAAUUCAGUAUCAAAACUACUAUUAGAAAAUCUUAUUUUGAAAUUAUUGGCAAGUUUUGGUGAAACAGAAGAUCCUGCAAGUGUUACGUCAUUAUUUACUUACAUAAUUAUACAGCAAAUAAAUAAUUACAAGUUUGAAAAUAAUAACAACUUAAUGAUAGAAAAUAAGUGUGUGAACAACAGUCGUAACAUGCAAAAAAUAAGUGAUCCAUCAAAACUUUUGACUAACUCUCAGUUAUGGCUUUUAAUUCAAAAUAGAAGCAAUCAUCUUGUGGAUAAAGUUAAAUCUGAUUCAAAAUUUGGCACUUUUAAAGAUGUAAAGAAAUGCAUUUGUGGUAUAGCUUCUUGUGUUGACAUAAUGUUUCAAGUAACCAGUAUAAUUUCAUAUUCAAUGGAUAUCAAAAAUAAUAAACUAUAUCAGUUAUAUAAUUAUUUACAACCAAUUUGGGAUAUGAUUUUAUUAAUAGUUUAUUCUCCUACUGAACUAUCAUCAGAUAUAUUAGAACAAUUUAUAUUUAUUUGUGAUUGUAUACUUAAUAUUCAAGAUAUCAUUCUGUUAAAAGAGCAAGACUAUAAUGUCAUAAGUAUUAUUUUAUCUAUUCCUUGGAUUGUUGAAUUGAAUAGUGAAAAUAUUUAUGAUUUAGAGUUUCAUCAGUUUUCUCCAGAAUUAAAAUCGCAUUGGAUGAAACUAGAUAUGUCGAAUCUUUGUAUAAAAACAAUUCCUGCAUUAUCUAUACUACCUCAAAAAAUUUCUCCUAAAUGGAGAAUUCAUAUUAUUCAAUAUUCAUUAAACAAAGAAAACUUAAAAUCUGCUAUCAUCAAUUCACUAGCAAGUUUUUUGUGUGUGCUUGGAAUAGAAUAUCAUGAUGUACUUUGCAAUUCUAUUUCAUUAGAAAACUCUUCACUAUCUAUGAUUUCAAAAUUGAUUGGAAAAAUAGCUUGCAUUGCUGCUUCUACUUGUUCUUUGAGGAGACUUCAGCAGUCAGAAAUGGAGUUUGAGUCUGCAAAGUUACAUUGUUUUUGUUUGAAAUGUGAUGCUAAAGAAUUGGCUGCUAAUGCUAAUUGCAGUGGUUUUUUGAAAACAUGGUUACAGAAUAUUUUUGUUCGUUGUAUAGAUUCUUCAGAUAGCAAUAUUUGCAUUAAUACUUUAAUAAGCUUUUCAUCAUUCUUUUUUCAUAUGGAAGUGGAUGAAAAACUAUUGGAAGUGAUCAUGAAACUAUUGACGUGUGAAAAUAUUGAUGUGCGAGUUUCUUUUAGUGAAAAUAUAAAAUAUUUAUUGAUGUAUCAAAAAAACAGUUUCAUUAUUAACCCUAAUUUAGCAAAAAUGUUGGUAACAAAUUUAAAGACAGCUUUAAUUGCAGCUACUUCAAAGAUUAAUCCUCAGCUUCAGUUGACUGUGCUAACUACAAUUGGAUCUAUAGGUCAAGUUGUUGAUGAUGAUGAAUUGCUAUUAGUGUCAAUUAUAAGCCUAAUGCAAGGUAUGAGAUCAGUAAUAUCAAAUGUAUCUUUAGUUGCUAGAACACAGCUACAGAAAUUAGCAGAAAUAAGAGGAGUAAAAAUGAUUGAUUUGUAUAAAAAGUUUAAAUGUCAGUUAACAUAUUCCUUAAUGGAUAUAUUACUAGAAUACGAAAACAAUGAUAGUGUAUCUAUUUUGAAUAUUCUUGAAUUUAUGAUAAGUCCUUUUAAUUUUGUAAAUGUUAAUUCGUUUUUGCAGAAUACAAUUCGUCUUAACAUUCCUUACUUGGUUAGUAAGGCAUCGUCAUCGUCGUCAAAUUUAAUUAAGAUAUUUGCAAAGCAGUUAAAUAUUCCAGUGAGACAAAUAUACGUAAAUAAUUUCAAAUAUAUAUUUUCUUACUUAGUAUGUAAUUGUUCAAAAACUGAAUUAGAAAAAGCAUUAAUAUUUUCUCAAGAUGAAACGGAUAUUGAACUUGGAAGUUUAUUGCGUUAUGACUAUCAGAGAACGCAUAAUGAACUAUUACUAUAUUUGAGUUCUCAUUAUGAGCAAGUGUUUAAUGGUUUAAUAAUGUUGGCAACUAAAGAUAAAAAUUAUAACAGUUCAAAUCCUAUUAUUCAAAAUGAAGAUUUAGCAAAAUUCUUACAACCUAGACUUCUAGGUUUUAUAGCAUAUUUUGAUUCACAACUGCUAAAUUCAUAUAUUUCGUUAAAUGAGAAGAGACUAGCUUUAGAAAGUUUUAUUUGUGUAAUGGAAUUAAUGGGACCACAGCGUAUAACACCUGUUCGCAUAAAGGUAAUGGCAACGUUACGAAUUGCAUUACGUUUCACUGAAAAUGAUUUUCCGAAAACUUGUUGUAAAGGAUGGAAAACAUUUAUCGUAAAUGUUGAAUUGUCAUCAUUAGGAACAUUAUUGAAUCAAAUUUUAGCAACUUUAUUACCAUUAUUGAAGUUAGAUCCUCAGGGUGUAUCUGAAAUAUUUCAUUUUUUAAUAGUAGAAAAUCAAAUUCAGUUAAACCAGUAUUUCUAUGACUUAUAUUUUAUUCCAGAUUUACCAGAAUUAAAUGAAGUAAAUACAGUUUUGAAAGAAUAUACAGAAAAACCUUCGAAUCAAUCAGAUUUUCAUUCAUUAAUGGCUCAUUCACUCAAAGGAGUUGAGCAUGAAAAUAUUGAAGUUCGUUUAUAUGCACUAAUUAAAGUUAAACAAUUAUUGCAAGUAAAUCAAUGCACUUUACAUGAACAUCUGAUGGGAAGAGAGACUGUAGAUCCUCUGGUAUCUAGGUUGCUCAGCAUGGUAAUGAUGAGCUGUCAGGAAACUGAUACUCGAAUUCAAUGUCUUCUUGCUGAAGUAUUUGGAGAAAUUGGCGCCAUUGAUCCUGGAAGACUUGAAACAGUAAAUACCGGAGCUAAAAAUAAUGUUCAUUUUCAUAGUAGCAUUGAAGAAGAAAAUUUUGCUUUUGAUUUAAUUCAAAAAUUAGUUCAUUCAUUUUUAGCUGCUGAAGAAAGCCGUACCCAAGAUUGUUCUUCUUAUGCUAUUCAAGAAUUAUUACAAAUAUAUCAAUGUAAUGAUAUUAGUAAUCCUCCUAGUUCUGGAAAUAAUUUAUGGAAAAGGUUUCCUAUAGAUGUUCAGGAAAUUCUUAGCCCAUUAUUGCGAUCAAAAUAUAUUCCUGGUCAAAGCAAAUCAGGUAAAAAUAUUCAGAAACCAAUCUACGGAAGUUCAUUUGGAGAUACAUUUAAGCAUUGGGUAACUAACUGGAUUGCUGAUCUUGUUGUAAAAAUUCACACUGAAACAGUUUCAAAAGUUUUCCAUUCUUGUUUAAUGAUUGUUAAAUAUGAUACUAGCUGUGCACUCUAUUUGUUACCAUAUGUUGUAAUGUAUGUUAUUAGAGAAGCUACCGAUAAUGAAAGAGAAGAAUUAUAUACCGAAGUCAUAACUGUUCUUAAACAUUGUGAACAAUUACAUCCUCAGAAAUCUAUUGAAGUUCAGUGUCAUCUCAGUGCUCAAACUGUGUUUUCUGUUUUAGAUUAUUUAAAUAGAUGGGUUCAUCAUCAACAGUCAUUAUCAGUAUUAAACACAAGGAAAAAUUGCUCAAAUAAAAAUUUGUUACCUGGUUUCUCUCAGGUAAAAGAAUUUAUUAAUCGAAUUCCACAAGAUUUACUUGCUCAAGCAUCGUUUAAAUGUAAUGCAUUUGCAAGAGCCUUGAUGUAUUUAGAACUUCAUAUUAGAUCUAAUCCAAAAGAAUUACAGAAAAUGCUAGGAUUUUUACAGAAAUUGUACUUUUCAUUAGAUGAACCAGAUGGUGUAUCAGGAAUUUCAGCAAUUAGACAGGAUGAACCAACUUUAGAAGAACAAAUUUUAGAGUAUGAAAUUGCGGGGCAAAUGCAAGAAGCUUUUGCUUGUUAUGAAAGGGCUGUACGGCUUCAUCCUGAUGAUCACUCACAUCAUUUAGGUUUAUUGCAUUGUUUAAUGAGACUUGAUCAGCCAGACACUGCAUUAAAAUAUGCUACAGGUUUAUUAGAAAAUAAAUCAGAAUGGAAAAAUGAUAUUGCUUCUUAUCAGGUAGAAGCAGCCUGGAAAUUAGCAAACUGGGAUAAUUUAAAAUCAUUUUUAGAUGUUCAUAAAUCUGUAGAUCAUUGGAAUGUUGGCAUUGGCAAAAUAUUAUUAGCUGGAAAAGAAAAAGAUAGUGAUGCAUUUUGGAAAGAAUUAAAUCAAGUUAGAAGUAAACAGAUGGGUCCUCUUUCAGCUGCUGCUAUGGAAGAUGGAGGAUAUCAAAGAGGUUAUCAAUAUCUCACAAGAUUACAUAUGCUGACUGAUCUUGAAACUGGACUUAAAGCAUUUUUAAGCCUACCAGAAAAAGAACAAAGUCUUUCUGGUAAAAUAUUAGAUGUAGAAAAGGUUUUAGAAGAAUGGAAAACUCGAAGACAGUUAACUCAAGCGUCACUUCGUUAUAAAGAGCCAAUUCUAAGUUUACAAAGAUCCUUAUUGACAAUUGCUGAAACAGAGCAUAGAGAGCUUAAUGAGAAAAUUAAUCAAGAAAAAGGUCUCUGUUGGCUUGAGAGUGCUAAAUUAGCAAGAAAAUGUGGGCAUUUACAAAGAGCAUUCAGUUGUUUAUUAGAUGCAAGUAGUUAUAAUUUGCCACAAGUAUUUUUAGAAAAAGCAAAAUGGCAUUGGAAUAAAGGAGAGCAAGAGCAGGCUAUCAAUACUCUACAGAAAGGUAUACAAGAAUAUUUUUCCGAUACAAUUGCAUUAAAAUGUGAAGAAUCAUUGAACUCAUUAGAAAUGCAGCUUACCUGUGCCAAAGCUAAGCUUAUGCUUGCUAGAUACAGUGAAGAGUCUGCUUUAGUGGAAAGUAAUUCUUUAUUACAAAUGUAUCAGGAAAUUGUCAAUAUAAAUCCAAAUUGGGAAGAUAGUUACUUUUACUUAGCCAAAUAUUUUGAUCGUGUUUUGAAUUCUAUAGAAAAAUUGGACAGGAAAAUUGAAUUGGCUGGUAAAGUAAUCAAAAAUUUUGGUUUGUCUCUACAGUUUGGAUGUAAACAUGUUUAUCAUUCAAUGCCUCGCUUAUUGUCAUUGUGGUUUGAAUUGGGCUCUCAGAUUGGUGAUAGUAAAAAGAAUAGACAUUCCAGUUCAUUUACACAAUCUGAGAUUGCAUUAUCUCACCUUACAAACAAAAUUGUUGUUACUCUUGUAGAUAAAUUACCAUUGUUUCUUUUUAUGACUGCUUUUCCACAGUUAAUCUCUAGAAUAUGUCAUCCACAUCAAGGAAUUGUUAAUCAACUGCAACGAAUCAUUUCAAAAUUACUUGUUGCUUAUCCACAACAAUCAAUGUGGAUGAUGAUUGCCGUUUCAAAAUCAUCAUAUCCAAUGAGGGUUCAGAGGUGCCGGGAAAUAUUUAGUCUGGCAAAGAAGAUUCAACCAGAUUUAACAAAAUUUAUAUCUGAUAGUAUUUCUCUCACUGAAAAGUUAGUAGAAUUAUGCAAUAAAUCAGUUAAUGAUACUUCGCUUAGUAUAAAAAGUAAUUUAAGUACAUUGCCACGCCUUUUGAGUGAUGGAUCAUUUAGUAAAAUUAUGUUACCAUUACAAUCAUUGAUGACAAUAACAUUACCAACUACAGAUUUCAGUUUGCAGACAGAUUAUAAUCCUUUUCCCAAAUCUCCAGUUUACAUUGUUGAAUUUUUAGAUAAAGUUGAAAUUUUGACUUCAUUGCAAAAACCCAAAAAAGUUACUAUUCGUGGAAGUGAUGGAAAAUUAUAUGUGAUGAUGUGUAAACCAAAAGAUGAUUUAAGGAAAGAUUGUAGACUGAUGGAAUUUAAUAAUCUAGUCAACAGAUUUUUAAAGAAAGAUGCUGAAUCAAGAAAACGACAGCUAUAUAUUAGAACUUAUACUGUUGUUCCUUUAAAUGAAGAGUGUGGACUUAUCGAAUGGAUUCCAAAUUUAUCUGGUCUUAGACGGAUUCUUAAUAAUAUUUAUAAAGAACAUAAGUUAUUUACUACCUCAGAUGAAAUACGUAAAUGGAUGCCACAACUAAGUAUGACAUUAGAACAAAAGCUUAGCAUUUUCAAGACAAAAUUUUUACCACAUUACCCUCCAAUGUUUGCACAUUGGUUUUUGAAAACAUUUCCCGAUCCCACGGCGUGGUAUAUGGCUCGUCUUUCGUAUGCUCGAACAACAGCCGUCAUGAGCACCGUCGGUUAUAUUCUCGGACUCGGUGAUAGACACGGCGAAAAUAUUUUAUUCGACUCUAGUUGUGGUGAUACCGUUCAUGUAGAUUUUAAUUGUCUCUUUAAUAAAGGAGAGACAUUUGAUUGGCCCGAGAAAGUUCCAUUUCGCCUCACACACAAUAUGAUAGAUGCCAUGGGACCAACAGGAUACGAAGGUAUUUAUCGUAAAGCAUGCGAAGUGACAAUGAGACUUAUGAGGACACAAACCGAUUCUCUCAUGAGUGUUUUAAAACCAUUUAUUCACGAUCCACUUGUAGAAUGGAGUAAACCAAUGGUGGGCUCAUCUAAACCCGAAACUGGUGAAAUUCAUGUACAGAAUAUUGAACAGAGAUUAAAAGGUAUUGUAAAAAGUAAAAACAAACCACAAUUACUUCCUUUGUCUGUUGAAGGACAGGUCAAUUACCUAAUUAUGGAAGCAACUGAUGAAAGAAAUUUGUGUCAAAUGUAUGUAGGAUGGGCUGCUUACAUGUAAAUAUCAAUAAUAGUACAAAUUUGAUGUGUUAUAUGUUUAUUUUAUUACAAAUUUAUUUUUGAAGUAUAAUUUUUUGAAUGUAAAAGAGUCUUAUGCUCUAUAUUUCAAAGUUCAAUUGUAAAAAUAUGAAGGAAAAGAUUAUUUUUAAAACCUGCUUAAUACAACAAG